AUGGAGAAUAAACUCGGAAUUGUGGAACAACCUCAAAUUAGUCCCAGCCAGACCCCCUUGCUGGCAUUUACACGGGUGAAGAAAACCGGAUCUACGGAAGAGAACAGUGAUGCUUAUUUGAAAUUGAAACGCUUACAAAAGGAAUUGGACUUGUUGCUCUUACAAGAAGAUUAUAUCAAAGAUGAACAACGUCAUUUGAAAAGAGAAUUGGUCAGAGCCCAAGAGGAAGUUAAAAGAAUCAAAGCUGUUCCAUUGGUGAUUGGUCAGUUUUUAGAACCCAUUGAUGAAAAUACAGGUAUAGUAUCUUCAACAACUGGAUCCAAUUAUGUGGUUCGAAUUUUAUCUACUUUGGAUAGAGAGUUGUUAAAGCCUUCUUCAUCAGUGGCAUUGCAUCGUCAUUCUAACUCAUUGGUGGAUAUUUUACCUCCAGAAGCCGAUUCCUCCAUUUCCAUUGUUUCUGAUGAACAAAAGCCUGAUGUUACUUAUGCAGAUGUUGGGGGGUUGGAUAUGCAGAAACAAGAAAUAAGAGAAGCUAUUGAAUUACCAUUAUCUCAAGGUGAUUUAUAUUCUCAAAUUGGUAUUGACCCCCCCAGAGGUGUAUUAUUAUAUGGACCUCCAGGUACUGGGAAGACAAUGUUAGUUAAGGCUGUGGCUAAUUCAACAACAGCAUCAUUCAUAAGAGUUAAUGGUUCAGAAUUUGUACAAAAAUAUUUGGGUGAAGGUCCAAGAAUGGUAAGAGAAGUAUUUAGACUUGCUAGAGAGAAUUCUCCAGCUAUUAUUUUCAUUGAUGAAAUUGAUUCUAUUGCAACUAAAAGAUUUGAUGCUCAAACUGGUGCUGAUAGAGAAGUGCAAAGAAUUUUAUUGGAAUUAUUAAAUCAAAUGGAUGGGUUUGAUCAAACUUCAACAGUUAAAGUAAUUAUGGCUACAAACAGAGCUGAUACUUUGGAUCCAGCAUUAUUAAGACCCGGAAGAUUAGAUAGAAAAAUUGAAUUCCCUUCAUUAAAGGAUAGAAGAGAAAGGCGGUUGAUUUUCUCUACAAUUGCUUCUAAGAUGUCAUUGGCUCCUGAAGUUGAUUUGGAUUCUUUAAUUGUUAGAAAUGAUCCUUUAUCUGGUGCUGUGAUUGCUGCUAUCAUGCAAGAAGCUGGGUUAAGGGCUGUGAGAAAGAAUAGAUAUAUGAUCUUACAAAGUGAUUUGGAAGAAGCAUAUACUGCCCAAGUCAAAACAGGUACUGAACACGAUAAGUUUGAAUUCUAUAAGUAA